GCCUCUUGCCUCGUCCAGUCCUUCCUGUUCCUGCAUCCCGCCCCUUUGCCUUUCGCACCACCGAGACGGCAGCCGUUCCCUGCAACCACCAGCAUGCAGGUCUUCCAGUAUCCUGAGGUGUAUCGCGACGAGACAUCAGUACAAGACUAUCAUGGCUGUAAAGUAUGUGACCCAUACAGCUGGCUUGAAGAUCCUGAUAGUGAACAAACAAAGGCUUUUGUGGAGGCACAAAAUAAAAUAACAGUGCCCUUUCUUGAACAAUGCACAGUCCGAGGACUAUUUAAAGAGCGGAUGACUGAACUAUAUGACUAUCCCAAGUAUAGUUGUCAUUUCAAGAAAGGAAAAAGGUAUUUUCACUUUUAUAAUACUGGACUUCAGAACCAACGAGUAUUAUAUGUGCAAGAUGCCUUGGAUUCAGAUGCCAAAGUAUUCCUUGACCCAAAUAAGCUUUCAGAUGAUGGUACCGUGGCUUUGCGAGGUUAUUCAUUCAGUGAAGAUGGUGAAUAUUUCGCAUAUGGCUUGAGUUCUAGUGGGUCAGACUGGGUAACAAUUAAAUUUAUGAAAGUGGAUGGUGCUGAAGAACUUCCAGAUGUACUGGAAAUGGUAAAAUUCAGUUGUAUGUCCUGGACCCAUGAUGGUAAAGGCAUGUUCUAUAACUGCUAUCCAAAGCAAGAUGGAAAAAGUGAUGGGACUGAGACGUCAACAAACCUGCAUCAGAAGCUGUACUAUCAUGUCCUAGGAACUGACAAAUCAAAUGAUGUUUUAUGUGCUGAAUUUCCUCAUGAGCCAAAAUGGAUGGGUGGAGCUGAGGUAUCAGAUGAUGGGCAAUAUGUUUUGCUGUCCAUUCGACAAGGAUGUGAUCCAGUGAACAGACUGUGGUACUGUGAUCUACAGAAGAAAUCAAAUGCUAUAACUGGUAUUCUUCCAUGGGUGAAACUGAUAGACAACUUUGAUGCAGAAUAUGAUUAUGUCACCAAUGAGGGGACAGUGUUCACCUUCAAGACGAACCAGCAUGCUCCAAAUUAUCGAUUAAUUAACAUUGAUUUUAAUGAUCCUGAAGAAUCCAAGUGGAAAGUGCUGAUUCCAGAGCAUGACAGGGAUGUUCUGGAAUGGGUAGGUUGUGUCAGAUCCAACUUCCUUGUCUUGUGUUAUCUCCAUGAUGUGAAGAAUAUCCUGCAGCUUCAUGACCUAGCGACUGGUGCCCAUCUCAAGACUCUUCCGUUGGAUGUAGGCAGCAUUGUAGGAUACAGUGGCCAAAAGAAAGACACCGAAAUAUUUUAUCAGUUUACAUCCUUCUUAUCACCAGGUGUUAUUUAUCAUUGUGAUCUCACCAAAGAAGAACUAGAGCCAAAAGUUUUCAGAGAGGUCACAGUGAAAGGAUUUGAUCCUUCAGCUUAUCAAACAGUGCAGGUUUUCUAUGCCAGCAAAGAUGGUACUAAGAUCCCAAUGUUUAUUAUUCACAAGAAAGGAAUUAAAUUAGAUGGGUCUCAUCCUGCGUUCCUUUAUGGUUAUGGUGGGUUCAACAUAUCUAUCACACCUAGCUACAGUGUUUCUAGGCUUAUUUUUAUAAGACACCUUGGUGGAAUUCUAGCUGUAGCUAACAUCAGAGGAGGAGGUGAAUACGGAGAGACCUGGCAUAAAGGUGGUAUCUUAGCCAACAAGCAAAAUGGUUUUAAUGACUUUCAGUGCGCAGCAGAGUAUCUUAUCAAACAGGGAUAUACUUCUCCAAAGAAGCUGACCAUUAACGGAGGCUCAAAUGGGGGCCUGUUAGUGGCCGCCUGUGCCAAUCAGCGCCCAGACCUCUUUGCCUGUGUUAUUGCUCAAGUAGGAGUAAUGGACAUGCUGAAGUUCCACAAAUUCACCAUUGGCCACGCUUGGACAACAGACUAUGGCUGCUCUGAUUACAAAGAACAGUUUGGUUGGCUGUACAAGUACUCUCCACUUCAUAACAUUAAAAUACCUGAAGGAGAUGGAAUCCAGUAUCCGGCCAUAUUGCUUCUCACAGCCGAUCAUGAUGACCGUGUGGUACCUCUUCAUUCCCUGAAAUUCAUUGCUACGCUGCAGCAUGUUGUAGGUCGAAGCCCCAAACAGACCAAUCCUCUGCUCAUUCAUGUUGACACCAAGGCUGGCCAUGGUGCUGGAAAGCCAACUGCUAAGGUUAUAGAGGAAGUGUCUGACAUGUUUGCCUUUAUAGCACGAUGCCUCAAUCUUGAAUGGAUAGAAUAGACCAUAAUGGUCUCCAUUAGAAAUCAAGGGCUUUAACAUCACCUUAAAAACAGGAGCUAACCAAGCACCUGGUAUAGUACUUACAUUUAAGAAUGACCAUUCCCAACUUCCCCAUCAACUUUGUAUCUUUCCUGCUUCUAUCCAAUGUGUACUUGGCUUCUCUUUUUAGUUCCGGUCAUAUGUUUUAAAUAGCAUAUGCUGAUAAAUAGAUGGAUUGCAGAUGACGCUGUUCUGUGGAUACCUAGAGUCAUGGUGGUGGUGAUUAUUUCAUACAAAAUGCUCUUAAAUGUAAUUUUUUCCUUGUAAAGAUCCAGUUCACUUGUAAUUAAAUGUAAGUACUGUCCCAGUACCAAGCAUCAGUCCAUGUUUUCUUUACACUCACAGUAAGUACUGGGGUUAUUGCCAAUUAUUUGCCAUUAAAAACUCUGUAUUGAAAAUACUGAGUAAUUUUAGAUUGUGUGUUAGUAAACACUAGAUUUUGUACAGCAUUGCAUUAGAUUCAGUAAGCAGUAAUGCAACAUCUUAUUGAUACGAUUGAUCUUAAUGUUAUAAUGCACACACAGAGAAGCACUGCUUUUUGAAACUCAGUUUUCAUUUUUAAACAAUGUUAGAUCUACAGAUUCUUCCCAUUGGAUGAGAUGCUACAAAAAGCUUUUCCUCUGCACAUGCUGAUGUUGAAUAAGUUUCCCAGUGCCAGCAAAGAAAAUCAGGCUUUCCAUUUAAUAAAAUGGAAUCUUUUCCAGCACCUGAUAAAUUGUAAUAGUGCUGAAAACAGUAUUUUUUUCCUUAGAGCAUAGAACAAUAUGUAAUAUCCCUGUUAGAAAGAGCAGUUGGCUGAGGCUGAGCUUUGUUUGGAGUUUUUCCCUUCUCAACUAUGUUUUGAAAGACAUAGGAUGCAAAUAAUCUUUAUAAAAUAACAAAAGUAAAAACGAACAGAAGAUUAACACCUGUCAUUUUUUUUCUUAUUUUAUAUUGUGCUUUAGGGAAUACAUUCACUAUAAUGACAAUAAAUUGCCCACCAAUUUCCAUCUGGCGCAUAGAAACAGGACUUUUAUCUUUUGUAAGGAAUGAUUAUGCAUUGACUGCAAGAAUAGACAAAACAAUUCUAGAAAACAAUUACCAGCAGUUGACUAUUGUUUCAUUUAAACCCAACAACAAGACAGCCAUGGUUUAUAAGUGACUUCAUUUCUAUACACUGACAUGAUCUUCCUCCUGCAAAAUCACAAGUGCUUAUCUCCAUGAAAAAUCACAACAGAAGGUAACAAAGAGCUUAAACCCCAAAUAUACGCAUUCUUUCAAAAAUCCUAUCCAGGCCAACUAGUAGUCAUCCCAAAUCCAAAUAGUCUCAGAAUAUGUUAUUAAUGAUUGUAUCUAUACUAACAUCACUGCCUCAAAAAUGAUAGAGCCAGGAAAGCCCAUAGACAGCCAUUUUAUUUAUUUAUUUAUUUAUUUAGAAUAUUUCUAUGCUGCCUCUUGAGAGUCCUCUUCAAGGCAUCCUACGGUUUAAAACCACAGUAUUAAAAACAAGCCAUAGGCAUAAGCAGCCAAAAAAAAAAAACCUGUCCAAAAAACAGAAGAGACCAUUACCAAGCUGAAGAGUUAAAACCCCUGAUUAAAAGCAUUGGUAAAAACAUUUGUUUCAGACUGGCACCUAAAAAAAAAAGUAAAGUAGGCAUCAGGUGAGCCUCAAAGGGGAGGGUGUUCCAAAGAUGAAAUGCCACUACAGAAAAUGCCCUGUCUCUAGUCACCACCCACCUUGCCUCAGAAGGUGGCAGCACAGAGAGCAGGGCUUGAGAGAUGGAUCUUACCUGGCAGACUGGAUAGGAUGGGAGGAGACAGACGGUCCUUCAGGUACCCUGGCCUCACACUGUUUAGGGCUUUAAUGGUAGGAACCAGCAUUUUGAAUUGUGCCUGGAAAUGCGUGGGUCACCCAUGCAGACCAUUCAGCACAGGGGUGAUACGAUCCCUGAAACUAUUCUCUGACAGUAGCCUGGCACUGAAUAUUGGACCAGUCAAAGUUUCUGAACCAUUUUCAAAGGCAGUCAAAUAUAGAGAAUGUUAAUCUAAUUUAAGUAGAGCGGAAUCAUGUAUACCAUCCUUGGAGAAAAUGUGGCAUAAAAGUGUAAUGAAAUCAUCCUUAUGGUGGUAUGAUACAAACAUAUGCUGUAGCGUGAGAGACGUGAUGCUCAGGUAGUUUGGUCAUCUGUUUGGGUUUAUGCUGUGGAGAGCUACCACUUGAUAAAUAUGCAUUUGUGUGGCCACCAUAGUUAGAAUAUUGGUAGUUUGUCUUGAUGCUUUACUAAAAACUGAGGGCAAUGAGAACAGUGAAUAAAUGAAGAUCAGCAUUUUCUGCUUCAUAAACUUGUUAUGACACUUAUUUGUAGUGGCUUGUCCUCUUGAUAGCAACCAGCAAAAUACAGUGUUCUGGAGUAGCUUUUAUAGGCAUACCAAACCCUUGUCCUGGGUUAAAUGAACAAAGGUGUUCAGUCAGAAAUUUUAUUAUUCAUAAGAACUCUUUGGAACUGUGACAAGGAUUAGGUUAACAUUAAUGGACACCAUAGUCUGAGACAUUUGGUCAGAAUGAUGUUUGUAAUUUAAAUUGCUUUUUCAGGAAGUGCGGUAAAAUGGCACAGCUCCAUAUACAGAAGAAAAAUAAGUCUAUCUUAAUUGUUGGCAGUUAUGCAUGUGGUAAAAUUAACAAGUGAUUGGAAUAAAACUUCAAUGAAUUAUAUUGAUAAAAUAGCCAUUUACCUUCAUUUUCUUUAAUAAAUGUACUAUUGUAUUGGAAAUUGAAUUCUGGGAUGGCUCUGUAAUGCAGUAAGGUGAGGCAGUAGCCUCAGGUAAUAGAAUUUGAGCAUUGCAACUCCUGCUGUGCCAGUUGGUGUUUACCUGAAUGCAUAUACGACUUUCAUUUUAACUGAUACAAACUGUUGGCAGCCCUCGGAAUCUGAUUUCUUCUUAAGACCUAAUAGCAGGCUGAGGCUGUUUGCACAAUCUAUUAUAUGCACAUACAGACUUCAUACUUCCAGUAAUUCAUCAUAUUAUGUUUCAGGUGAGUAGUUGUGUUGGUCAGUAGUAGAAGAGUAAGAUUCAUGUCCUGUACCAAGGUGCUACUAGACCCAAAUCUUGCUCUUCCCCAUGUUAUGAUAAAAAAUGCAUGUAAACAGUAGUUGCUGGAGGAAUAUGUGGAAAGACAAGAAGUAUAGUUAUUCUCCCCACUGGGGGCCCAAAGCAGCUUACCCCAAAAAAACCUAGAAAAAAAUUACAACUUAAACAAAUACAUAAACAUAAAAUAUACAACACAACUCCUAGGCUGGUCCAGUGAGCCAAUGCAUAUUGGCCAGUCACAGGCUGCAAGCUAUAGGAAUAGUGAUGUUUUCCUUGUAGUUUUUUGGAGCUUGAUCUCCUGAAUUGGUGUGCUGAAUGCCUAAGGAACUCCAGAAACUUCCAGAAUUCUUGACUGUUUUGGAUGUCUUUUGAAUAUGUGAAAAUGUGCUCAUUUUUAAAAUGUGCUCAUAACAUUAAUAAAAUUAUAGCGUAUGAGAAUUA